CAUGUCUGGCAGAGUUAAAAGGGAGGAGUGGCAUGAGUGGAAUAUCAAAGGUACGUCGGCCCCCCAGCUUUCCAUACGCUGAGACAAAGGCAUCAGCCUACUCCUUCCUGCUCCUACCUGCACCGGCAGAUCGGACACAUUGAAAAGGGUUUUAACUGACCCAGAAAGAUCAGGGGCUGUGGAGCAAAUGGCCUUCUCCAGUUUGUACUUCUUGACUGUGACACUUGUGCUAAUGAUGGAGAGAAAAGGUCAUGCAGAAAUGAAUCCUCAAGCCACGUUUAGGGAAAAACGGUGCACAUGUGAAGUCCUUGAAGACAAAGAGUGUGUCUAUUUCUGCCAUGUAGGAGUGGUCUGGGUCAACACACCAGGAAAAGUUGUUCCUUAUGGGGUGGGCAGUUACCCACAACGACUUAAAAGAGAUGCCACUAGGUGCCUUUGUACCACCAGUGACGACACAAAAUGCCUGAAUUUCUGCAUCCCUUCAGUUUCCAAGGAGCAUUACAAAGGAAAACGCAGCAAUCUUUUUCAGAAGAUUAAUAAAGAUAAAAAUAAGCAACAAGAAUCAUGA